AUGGGAAGCCUCGACGCCAACUACGCGCUGCUGAGCGAUGUGAGCGCGCGCAACCGCGCACUGCAGGCGCGUCUGCGCGGCAGCCUGCCGCUGCUCUGGACGGACAACGCGCUGGUGAUGACGAGCGCUGCCCCUCGCCGGCGGCGCGUUGGGCUGCAACCUGAACAGUCGGCGGCGGCGGGCGAAGCGGAUCAAAUGCUCUUGGCUCUGGAAGGGCAGGCGGGUCUGCAGGUCAGUCAGCGGUACAAGCGCCGCGUGGAGUGGGAGGUGGCGAGGCGCAUCGCCCGA